UCUGCAUUGUUUAUCAAAUGUCAACAUUUUUUUUAGGUUAUCUUACUUUUAAAGCCCACCCAUUUAAUUAAAUAAAUAUAGAAAUAAUGGAAUCGAGGGGUGAAUCGGAAACGCAACAAUUAGUUUUAAGCGAUGUGGAUGGUGAAAACGACGAUAGUUUAGCCCAAGAUGAUACGGUACCCGAAUCGAAGAUAAUAUCUCCUGUUCGAAGUAAUAUUAUUUCUUCUUCAGGAAAUACUACAAGUCAGAGUUCUGUUUCUAGGGGCCACCAUGGAAAUAUAAUCCAUGGUAAUCGUGGAAAUUCUAAAUUAUUAUUCAUUAAUGAAAAACAAAAAGCUAAAGAUUAUAAUAAAAAUUCUUCAACGGCUAGACCAAGAAAUCCACAUAAAGAACCAAUUAGCACAAAUGUUCGACACCAUUGCUUUUUGUCUGAAGUGCCCGAUGUACGCCACAUGGAAAAAUCUCUUUUGGGGUUAUUGGAAGAUUUCCAUUCGGGUAAAUUAAGAGCUUUCGGAAGUGGAUGUACCAUGGAACAAAUGACCAAUAUCAGAGAACAACAGGAAAAACUUGCCAAACUACACUUUGAUUUAGGUUCAGUAAAUGAACCUUCACUAACUGACGAAAAUAUCAGAAAAUCACAGCACACAAUGAGCCAAUUAAUUCAAAGACUAGAACAAUUAAGCGUUUCAAUUGAAGGUUUGCAUACGGAUAAUGAUAAGAAAUAAAAUAGCCUUUUUUUUGAUGUAAAUGAAAUGUGUAUAUAUUUUCUGUUUUUGUUACAAAAAU